UCCCGUUGUCCAGUGCCGACUUCCCACAAUGUCCAUUUUUUUUUGUUUAAGAGCCGUGAAGUUAUUUAACAGGCGGAACUGGACGCUGAAACUCGUAUUUGUUCUGAUCUGUUGUGAGAAUGGCAUCCACUACUCCGAACAAUUUCUCCUGGGUGGACCCGGGAAAAGUGGCCGGACUGGCCCUUCCCCGGAUGGCGGCGGAGUACCAGUACCUGCUGGACCACGGCAUCCAACACCUCGUGUGUCUGUGCGAGCGCAAGCCGCCCAAUUACGACACGUGUCCUAAAUUGCGCCUGCAUCACAUCAAGAUAACCGACUUCACGCCGCCCUCGCCGGCGCAGAUCGAUAAGUUCCUCGACAUCGUGAUGGAGGCCAACACCAAAGGAGAGGGCGUGGCUGUCCACUGCAUGCACGGCCACGGAAGAACGGGCACCAUGCUGGCCUGCUACCUGGUCAAGACGAGGAAAAUGUCCGGCAUCGACGCCAUCAACGAGAUCCGCCGACUGCGCUCGGGCUCCAUCGAAACCCAGGACCAAGAAAAGGCAGUGGUACAGUUUUAUCAACGCAUUAAAUAGAUAGAGGGAAGUACAGCUGUUCACAAGACAAAGUAAUUGACCCCACCAAAAAAAAAAAAAAAAAAAAAAAAAAAAAGAUUUAUAAUUGCCUACUGGUGCCACAAUUUUGUCGAAAAUCACACUUGUCAAACUCAAGGCCCGGGGGGCAGAUCUGGCCCACCGCAUCAUUUUAUGUGGCCCGCUCAAGCAAAUCAUGGGCAUCCUCUUCCACGAUUCUUGCUCAAAUCUGUACCAAAAUUUGAAAUUGUCAUAUUUAAUCAAUGGUAACAUUGGAUUAUUGAAAGCAUUUUUUGGGUUACCAAUCACCAAUAAUUGAACAACUAUUAUCCUUGACUUCUGAUUCCAAAAACUAGUUAUCAAUCAAUUUGUUGUCUAUAAUUAUGAAAUAAUGUGAUGAGGCAAUUAAACACUUGUAUGGUUUCACAGUCAUAACGGCCCUCUGAGGGAAACCGUAAUGACAAAGUGGCACAUGACAAAAAUUGGUUUGACACCCUUGGUCGAAAUCAUAUAUGUCUAACUCAGGCCCGGGGGCCAAAUUUGGCCCACGAUGUAAUUAUAUUUGGCCCACAAGACCAUAUCAAAUGUAUAUUAGAGCUGGCCCGCCAGUAUAUAUAGCACAUGCGCCACUAAUAUUACAAAUCCCAGAAUGCUUUGCUAGUGUGUUGGCCCAUCAGUCUAGACCGGCGAGCGCCCCUUCCCUUGCUGUUGCUGUCGUUAGCAACUAUGCUACCAGUCUCCUCGGGCAAAUUUACACUUCCCCUUCCCAAAAAUGGCCAAACGAAAGAUGGAAAACAGUUAACCUCCAAGACAGAUGGAAGAGACAGGAGCAGAUUAUCUGUUGACUAAAGUAAAAGACAGACCUGUUUGUCGUGUGCGAAGCAAAGUGGCUGUAACAAAGAAUAUAACAUAAUGGAAUUCAUAUUUUUAAUGCCCUUUAUCGACUGCUAGGCAGGGACUGUUAACAGUUUGAAGUUUGCCUUUUUAUUGAAGGACAUUCUUAUUUUUUUGGGCUUGUUUUGUUGUUGGCCUUAGAAAAAAGAUUUACAUCAAAAAGAAAGGUCGUUGGAGAUGGAUAAAUAGAAGAUAGAGAGACAGAAGAAUUCAUGUUAUCUAUUUAAAUACAAAACAACAAACAAAUGCCACUGAUGUCUUUGAUUGCAAAUUUGAUUUCUCAUGUGUUUAUGAUAUAUAUUAAAGUUUAUUUAUUCCAGAUUCAGUGUUUAAGUAAAAUUUAAGUUUGUUGUCACAUGAUAAACUUUAACGCUACAUUUCUGCAGAGAAGGGAAGCAUGCACAUCGCAGUGAUUUUUCAUCAAAUAUUGAGUUUGGCCCGUGACGUUUUCCCAAUUUUUAAUUUUGCCCCAGCGUGAAUUUGAGUUUGACGCCCCUGCUCUACUAAAUGAAGCUUCUGAACUUACUUCAGCAUAGUUCCUUGGUGCGAAGGUGCCACAAGAUGGCGCCAAAGCAACACUUUUAUUGCUUUGGCUGAGGGUAGGUUUACCCCCCCCCCAAAAAAAAUCUGUGGAAUAGGUGAACACUGUAUCAGAAGUCAACACUGACGUAGAUUUAAUGCUUUAUUUGAGAACACAAUUGAGACAUUAGAUUGGAUCAAGCUAUUAAGAAAGGGACGUUGACGGAUACGAAGAUCAAGUGUAGUGCCAUAGUAAAAGUCUAACAUGUUUUAGGGUUAGGUUAGGGUCUAACCCUAACCUUAACCCUUGGGUCUAAGCCUAACAUCUGUAUUGACAUAUCUUUGU